AUGCUGUUCUGCCGGCACUGCCACAGCGCCCCCUUCAGCUCCUCCGCUAUCCUCCGCAAUGGCUGCCUCCCUCUAUGUACUUCCAAAAUCCCCCUGGUUCCCAUCUUUCCUCCCAUUUCUCUGCCACAGAACUCCCUCCAAUUCUCCCUCCAGAACCAGGCAGACGGGAAGCGGAGACCGGUGCCAUCUGUCGCCUCUACGGCAGCGUCGGAAGCCGCAGCGACGAACGAUGGUGAUAAUGAGGAGGGUGAUUUCCGCCCCGGGGGGCUUCGGAAGCACAACGCCAGGUCUGCUGCCGUCCUCGGCUACCUUGGGUCGCAUGCGCAAACGGGAGUUAACGAGGAAGGUGAAGAUGAAAUACUGGUGACAGAGGAAGAGGGAGAAGAAGAUGGUGAAGAGCUACAGAAGGAGAAGAUGCUGGAGGUCUCCCUUGUCAACCGGAGGAAGCCCAGGUUUCCGGGUGCCAUCGACUUCCCAAAGGCAGAGGAGGAUGUCCCCACUCUCCCAGCUUCUGUGGGCGGCGAUAGCAGAGUACUGCUUCAGGCUCUCGAGGUCCGGCGAGGUGUCGUCGCCGAGAUACUGAAGGAGGCCAUGCGGGCAUCCAAGCUCAGCAUAACAUACUCUACGAACCUCGUAUCUCGCCUGUCGGAAUUUGUGGAUCGAGUGCUGAUCGGGGCUGCCACCAUGAAGAGGAACCCCGAAUUCUCGCAUAUGAAUUUCAAUGCUCGUGUGAACAACUAUAUACAGAGCUCCGGCGUCAUCCCGCUGGUCAAGUAAAACCUUGAUUUCUUCUACAGAAAUACCUGUCUAGGAUUUCGAUCUUCUAUCUGAUGUUUCCGAUUCUUAGACGGGAUUUUGCUUGCAUCAGGUGGCUGAAGCACAAUUCGCUGUCAUACCCUCAGAUCGGAAAGGCCAUAUGCAUGUGCACAGGUAAUCUAGAACGCUUGAGGAAUCUGGCGGAGUGGUUGAAGUCCAUUCAUGUGAAGGGGGCCUUCCUCGGUGUGGUUCUCACCAGAGCAGAAAAUCUCAUAGAUCGUAGCACGGAUGAAUUGGAUGAACUUGUUGAAUACCUCGAGGAAAAUGGAGUAAGAAGGGAUUGGGUGGGCUUUGUUGUAGGCCGAUGCCCGCAGCUUCUGACCUUUAGCAUGGAAGACUUGGAGCAGCGUGUGAAAUUUUACUUGAAAAUGGGCAUAAACAGGAAUGAUUUCGGCACCAUGGUUUAUGAUUAUCCCAAGGCACUGGGCUUCUUUGAUUUGGACGUGAUGAAUGAUAAGGUAACGUUCAUCAUUUUUUUUUUCCUUCUAAAAUGCUGAACAUAGCAUCAGUUUCCUGUCGUAAUGCUAUGCAAUUCUAGUGGGAUAUUGCAGCAUGGUAUGACGAGCUGUAUUCAUGUUGUGGCAUGGUAUCAGCUCUUGGGAAUCUUUUUAUUUUUGAGUUUUCUUAUGAAUUUAAGAUGUCGUGGAGUAGUAAUCCAAGAACUUUAGCAACAAAUAAAUAAUCGCACAAUUAUCAGCUGGGUAUUUGUCAUAGUAGGAAGGUUUAUCUACUAAGCUUUUUAUUAGAUUUCUUCUUACCCUUUUUUCAUUCUUGGUGCGGUCUGAGUUCUUGCAGCUUACUUGUCAUUAGGUAUUCACUCUAAGUCGAAAUAGCAUUUCUAUGGUGCAUGUAAUGAAUAAUUUUGAAGCUCCAUUCUAGUCCUUAUCUGGAACCGCUUUAAGUGAGUUAAUUUGCAUCAGUUCUUCAGAAAACAAUGUCUUUGUUUUGCUUUCAUGCCAGAAAACCUCAAUUGUUUUGUUUCUGACACCAUGCUGAAUAAGCAUUACAUGUUGCGCCAGGUUGACUAUCUUCGAGAAUUCGGUUUGAAUACUGAUGAACUUGGACGAUUAUUGGCCCAUAAGCCUCAGCUGAUGGGUUGCAGCAUUGAGGAGAGAUGGAAACCGCUCGUGAAGUACUUGUACUACCUCGGAGUUGGUAGAGAUGGGAUGAAAAGAAUACUACUGAUGAAACCUAUGGUUUUUUGUGUUGAUCUAGAGACAACGAUUGCCCCGAAGGUAUUGAAUCUUCCAGUGCAAACAUUAUGCACAGCGUUUGCUAGAGAAAAACCUUUGCUGCAUUUCCUUUUCGUUCACUGUUACAAUCUCUCUUUAGUCUGACGAUGAUCUCUGUUCUUGGGAAUCUUGGAGCUCUGGUAUCAGUUCAGAGUAGUCUCAGUAACCAAUUUGUUGAAUAUAUAGUAUAUAUAUUCAUCGAUCAUUACACAUUUUUUAGGACAGAAAAUCUGUUAAAAAUGCUCCAUUCCUGUUCUUGCACCGUGAAAUUUUCAGCUUCUGAUGGCGUAUCUUCUGUCUUGUGCGGUUUAAGGUAAGAUUUCUACAGGACAUCGGUGUCCGACCGGAAGCCAUCGGUGGAGUGCUGGUCAAGUUCCCCUCAAUACUAACAUACAGUCUCUACAAGAAAAUCCGACCAGUGGUAUGUUCUUCACCUUAUCCCUCCCCGUGUGAUUCAUCAAUCUAGUCGUCAUGUUCUUGCAUGAAAGUGAUCUUCAUCACCAAGUUUAUGCACAGGUUGUAUUCCUAAUGACGAAAGCCGGCGUCACCCGUGAGGAUAUCGGAAAGGUGCUAGCUUUGGAGCCAGAGCUUGUUGGGUGCAGCAUCACAGAUAAGCUCGACGUCAAUGUGAAGUACUUUCUGUCCUUGGGAAUCCCCCUCCGGUCACUGGGGGAGAUGAUCGCCGAUUUUCCAAUGCUACUGAAGUAUAAUCUGGAUGUUCUUCGUCCCAAGUACCGGUACUUGAGACGGGUCAUGGUUCGGCCAUUGCAGGAUCUGAUCGAGUUCCCCAGGCAAGUUCUUCUUGACCCACUUCUUGCUCCUGAUGACCCAAUCCGCAGUUCCCCUCAGCUUGGUCUUCUGAUCCGAGUUCAUGUCCUCAAAUCCCAUGGUUUGAAUGCCCAUCAGGAACCCACGAAAAAAAAAUCAAUUUUCUUCAUUUAUUUGUAUCCAUCGACAUUCAUUUGACUGUUUCUCAUUCGUUUGAGAUCUAAAGAUGUGAUUUUUCUGCCGAUGAUCUUCUCUACUGAAGGAAGAUUUCUUGCCCAGGUUCUUCAGCUACUCCCUCGAUGGGAGAAUCAUCCCGCGGCACAGGAUCUUGGUGGAGAACCGGAUAAAUCUUAAGCUGCGAUAUAUGCUGCCUGGUUCCGAUGAAGCUUUCGACCAGAGAGUGAAGGAGGCGCUUGAGAAACGCCGAAGAUUUGAAUCCAUCAGCGUGGAGGAGAAUCUGCUCUCCAACGGGGAAGUUACUUCACUCGGCUCACCUCUAGGAGUCAACGGCUGCCUCUCUCAGCCUCCUCUGUAA